AGAGACCAGCCAGUGGAAGAGGGAGGGAAAAAGGAAGAGGGGGAGAGAGAGAGAAAAAAAAAAAGAUAGAAAGAGCGACUGACUGAAGUGGAGGAAGCGAGCUCUGUAGUUUAGCCUGAACUCUUCGAAGCUGCUGCCGACAGGAAGAUAAGUUUGUCUCACUGCGACGCUGACUGAGCCACACGGUUGUUGUUAGCCACCCUCUUAAAAAAGGCAGCCUGCACCCCAAAAGCAGCAACCAUGUCGGAUGCAGACAAGUUUCUGUACGUGGACCGUAAUGUGGUCAACAACCCACUGGCACAAGCUGACUGGGCUUCCAAGAAGCUGGUAUGGGUGCCCUCGGAGCGCCUGGGGUUCGAGGCCGGCUCCAUCAAGGAGGAGCACGGCGACGAGUGCGUUGUGGAGCUGGCAGACUCUGGAAAGAAGAUCCGAGUGAACAAGGAUGACAUCCAGAAGAUGAACCCCCCGAAGUUCAGCAAGGUCGAGGACAUGGCCGAGCUCACGUGUCUGAAUGAGGCAUCCGUGCUGCAUAACCUGAAAGAGAGAUAUUACUCUGGUCUUAUAUAUACAUACUCUGGCCUCUUCUGUGUCGUCAUAAACCCCUACAAGAACCUGCCCAUCUACUCAGAGGAGAUCGUUGACAUGUACAAGGGCAAAAAGAGGCAUGAAAUGCCACCCCACAUCUACGCCAUCACUGACACGGCUUACAGAAGCAUGAUGCAGGAUCGUGAAGACCAGUCCAUCCUGUGCACAGGCGAGUCUGGUGCUGGUAAGACAGAGAACACGAAGAAGGUCAUCCAGUAUCUCGCUCACAUCGCCUCCUCUCACAAGACCAAAAAAGAUCAGAACAACUUGGUCCUGUCACAUGGGGAGCUGGAGAAGCAGCUGCUGCAGGCUAACCCCAUUCUAGAAGCCUUUGGAAAUGCCAAGACUGUCAAAAAUGACAAUUCCUCCAGAUUCGGAAAAUUCAUCAGAAUCAAUUUUGAUGUCAAUGGUUACAUCGUUGGUGCCAAUAUUGAAACUUACUUGUUAGAGAAAUCUCGUGCCAUUCGCCAGGCCAAAGAAGAGAGGACCUUUCACAUCUUCUACUACUUGCUCACAGGGGCUGGAGACAAAUUGCGCAGUGAUCUCCUCCUGGAAAAUUACAACAACUACCGUUUUCUUUCCAAUGGGAACGUCACAAUUCCGGGCCAGCAGGACAAGGAUCUGUUCACAGAGACCAUGGACGCCUUCAGGAUCAUGGGUAUUCCAGAGGAUGAGCAAAUUGGUCUGUUGAAGGUGGUGGCAUCUGUUCUGCAGCUUGGAAACAUGAGCUUUAAGAAGGAGCGUCAUACAGACCAAGCCUCCAUGCCUGAUAACACAGCUGCCCAGAAGGUAUGCCACCUCAUGGGCAUGAAUGUCACAGACUUCACCAGGGCCAUCCUGUCACCCAGAAUCAAGGUGGGUCGAGACUAUGUCCAGAAGGCUCAGACUCAGGAGCAAGCAGAGUUUGCCGUGGAAGCCCUCGCUAAGGCCACAUAUGAGAGGAUGUUCCGCUGGCUCGUCAUGAGGAUCAACAAAGCACUCGACAAGACCAAGAGACAGGGAGCCUCUUUCAUUGGCAUCUUGGAUAUUGCUGGCUUUGAGAUCUUCGAGCUGAACUCAUUUGAGCAGCUGUGCAUCAACUACACCAACGAGAAGCUGCAGCAGCUCUUCAACCACACCAUGUUCAUCCUGGAGCAAGAGGAGUACCAGAGGGAGGGCAUCGAGUGGAGUUUCAUUGACUUUGGCCUCGACCUGCAGCCCUGUAUCGAACUCAUUGAGAAGCCAGCCAGCCCCCCGGGUAUCCUGGCUUUGCUGGAUGAGGAGUGCUGGUUCCCUAAGGCCACAGACAAGAGCUUUGUGGAGAAGGUGCUCCAGGAGCAGGGAACACAUCCCAAAUUCUUCAAGCCCAAGAAACUGAAGGAUGAAGCAGAUUUCUGCAUUAUCCAUUAUGCUGGCAAGGUAGACUACAAGGCAGGCGAAUGGCUGCUGAAGAACAUGGAUCCCUUGAAUGACAAUGUGGCUUCACUGCUCAACCAGUCCACAGACAAGUUUGUGUCUGAGCUCUGGAAGGAUGUGGACAGCAUAGUGGGUCUAGAUAAGGUGACUGGCAUGUCUGAGAUGCAUGGCGCUUUCAAGACUCGUAAAGGGAUGUUCCGCACGGUGGGCCAGCUGUACAAGGAGCAGCUGUCCAAACUGAUGGCCACACUGAGGAACACAAACCCCAACUUUGUUCGCUGCAUCAUCCCUAACCACGAGAAGAAGGCUGGUAAACUGGACCCCCACCUGGUUCUGGAUCAGCUGAGGUGUAAUGGUGUGCUUGAGGGGAUCCGUAUCUGCAGACAGGGCUUCCCCAACCGCAUCGUCUUCCAGGAGUUCAGACAGAGGUAUGAAAUCCUUACCCCCAAUGCUAUUCCCAAGGGCUUCAUGGAUGGAAAGCAGGCCUGUGUGCUCAUGAUCAAAAGCCUGGAGCUGGAUCCCAACCUCUACCGCAUUGGCCAGAGCAAAGUUUUCUUCCGAGCAGGAGUCCUGGCUCACCUGGAGGAGGAAAGGGACAUGAAGAUCACGGACAUCAUAAUCAGCUUCCAGGCCUGGUGCAGAGGCUAUGUGGCCCGCAAGGCUUUUGCUAAGAGGCAGCAGCAGCUGACUGCAAUGAGGGUGAUCCAGAGGAACUGCGCUGCUUAUCUUAAACUCAGGAACUGGCAGUGGUGGAGGCUCUUCACCAAGGUGAAGCCUCUGCUCCAAGUCAGCAGGCAGGAGGAGGAGAUGCAGGCCAAGGAUGAAGAGCUGAAUAAGGUGAAAGAGAAGCAUUUUCAUGCUGAGCAGCAGAUCCGGGAAAUGGUGGACAAACACCAGCAGCUGAAUGCUGAGAAGAUGGCCCUGCAGGAGCAGCUUCAGGCAGAAACAGAACUCUGUGCCGAAGCUGAGGAAAUGAGAGCCCGUCUUGCUGCCAAGAAGCAGGAGCUGGAAGAGAUCCUCCACGACCUGGAGGCCCGAGUGGAGGAGGAGGAGGAGCGUGCCUCUCACCUGGCAACGGAGAAGAAAAAGAUGCAGCAAAAUAUUUCUGACUUGGAGCAGCAGCUGGAUGAGGAGGAAGCAGCCAGACAGAAGCUCCAGCUAGAGAAGGUCACCAUGGAAGCAAAGAUGAAGAAGAUAGAAGAGGAUGUUAUGGUGUUAGAUGACCACAACAACAAACUAAUGAAGGAGAAGAAGCUGCUGGAGGAGAGGAUCUCUGAGGCCACCACCAACCUGGCAGAGGAGGAGGAGAAAUCCAAGAGCUUGCAGAAACUCAAGACCAAACAUGAGGCUAUGAUCACAGACUUGGAGGACCGUCUGCGCAGGGAGGAGAAGCAGCGUCAGGAGCUGGAGAAGAACCGACGCAAGAUGGAGAGUGACUUUACUGAGACAAGCGAUCAGAUUUCUGAGCUGCAGGCCCAGAUUGCUGAGCUCCGUGCCCAGCUGGCUAAGAAGGAAGAAGAGCUCCAGGCAGCUCUGGCCAGGAUUGAGGAAGAGGCUGCACAGAAGAACCUGGCCCAGAAAAAGAUCCGUGAGUUGGAAGCUCAGCUCUCCGAGCUCCAAGAGGACUUGGAGCUGGAGAAGCAGGCCCGCGCCAAGGCAGAAAAACACCGCAGGGAUCUGGGAGAAGAGCUGGAGGCCCUCAAGACUGAGCUAGAGGACACUCUGGACUCCACUGCCGCUCAGCAAGAGCUCAGGAGCAAACGUGAGACCGAGGUGGCCCAGCUUAAAAAGACUCUUGAUGACGAAAGCAAACUUCACGAACAGCAGCUUGCUGACCUGAGACAGAAACACAGUCAGGCCUUUGACGAGCUCAAUGAGCAGCUGGAGCAGGCUAAGAGGAACAAAGCAUCUGUGGAGAAGAACAAACAGGCCCUGGAGUCUGAGAGGAAUGAGCUGUCCAUCGAGCUGCAGACUCUGAUGCAGGGUAAAGGAGAGUCAGAACAUCGCAGGAAGAAGGCCGAAGCCCAGGUCCAGGAGCUGCAGCUCAAACACUCAGAGAGCGAGCGCCAGAGGCUGGAGCAGGCUGAGAAACUCUCAAAAGUGCAGGCUGAACUGGAGAAUGUUAACAGCGUGCUGAGUGAGGUGGAGGGCAAGUCCAUUAAGGCAGCCAAAGACUGCUCUACUGUAGAAUCCCAGCUGCAGGACGUUCAGGAAUUACUGCAGGAAGAGACGCGCCAGAAAUUAUCAGUCAACACACGGCUGCGCCAGCUCGAGGAUGAACAGAACAACCUGAAAGAACAGCUGGAGGAGGAGGAAGAAGCCAAGAGGAACGUAGAGAGGCAGCUCCAAACAGUGCAGGCUCAGCUUGCUGAAUUGAAGAAGAAGGCGGAGCAGGAUGCUGGCUCUCUGGAAAGUGCUGAGGAGGGAAAGAAGAAGUUUCAGCGGGACCUGGAGGGAGUGAACCAGCGCCUGGAGGAGAAAUGUGCCGCUUACGAGAAGUUGGAUAAAACAAAGACGCGUCUCCAGCAAGAGUUGGAUGACCUGCAGGUUGACCAGGACCACCUCCGACAGAUCGUGUCCAACCUCGAGAAGAAGCAGAAGAAGUUUGACCAGAUGCUGGCAGAGGAGAAGAAUAUCUCUGGUCGCUAUGCAGAGGAGCGUGACAGAGCUGAAGCUGAAGCCAGAGAAAAGGAGACCCGGACACUGGCUUUAACCCGGGAGCUGGAAGCCCUGAGAGAGGUGAAAGAAGAGCUGGACCGCAACAACAAGCUGCUGCGGGCCGAAAUGGAGGACCUCGUAUCCUCCAAGGAUGAUGUUGGCAAGAACGUCCACGAGUUGGAGAAGGCCAAACGUGCAAUGGAGCAGCAGCUGGAGGAGAUGAAGACUCAGCUGGAGGAACUGGAGGAUGAGCUGCAGGCCACAGAGGACGCCAAGCUGCGCCUGGAGGUCAACAUGCAGGCCAUGAAAGCCCAGUAUGAGAGAGACCUGGCAGGACGCGAUGAGAUGGGAGAGGAGAAGAAGAGGGCACUGGUUAAACAGGUGAGAGAGAUGGAGAUGGAGCUGGAGGAUGAAAGGAAGCAGCGUUCUGCUGCCGUGGCUGGACGCAAGAAGCUGGAGCUGGACCUGAAGGAGCUUGAGGCAGCCAUCGACAUGGCGAACAAGAACCGUGACGAGGCCCUGAAACAGUUGAAGAAACUUCAGGCCCAGAUGAAAGAUCUCAUCCGGGAGCUGGACGACACUCGCUUGUCCAGAGAUGAGAUUCUCACCCAGAGCAAGGAGACUGAGAAGAAGCUAAAGGGCAUGGAGGCUGACAUGCUCCAGAUGCAGGAGGAGCUGGCGGCUGCAGAGCGAGUAAAGAGGCAGGCCCAGCAGGAGAGAGACGAGCUGCAGGAUGAGAUCAAUAACCAAGCCGCCAAGAACGCUCAGGUUGCAGAGGAGAGGAGGCGACUGGAGGCUCGUAUUGCUCAGCUGGAGGAAGAGCUGGAGGAGGAGCAGUGCAACACUGAGCUGGUCAACGACAGGCUGAAGAAGGCAAUGCUUCAGACUGACCAGAUGAACGUGGAGCUGACUGCAGAGCGCAGCACCUCUCAGCGUGUCGAGGGGGCUCGUUCCCAGCUCGACCGUCAGAACAAGGAGCUGAAACUGAAGCUGCAGGAGCUCGAGGGAACGGUCAAGUCAAAGUACAAGGCCAACAUGGCCGCCCUGGAGGCUAAAAUUGCUCAGCUGGAGGAACAGCUGGAUAUAGAAACCAGGGAGAGGCAGACUGCCACCAAACUUGUGAGACGCAGCGAGAAGAAACUAAAAGAAGUCAUCCUGCAGGUGGACGACGAGAGGCGCAACACCGAGCAGUACAAGGACCAGGUCGACAAGUUGAACUCUCGCAUGAAGCAGCUCAAGCGUCAGCUGGAGGAGGCUGAGGAGGAGGCUCAGAGAGCCAACGCCAGCCGAAGAAAACUUCAAAGGGAGCUGGAGGACGCCACAGAGUCUGCUGAUGCCAUGAACCGUGAAGUCAACAGCCUCAAGAGCAAGCUCAGGCGUGGUGACCUCCCCUUCACCACACGCCGCACCAUUCCUCGCAGCAGUGGUGGCGGCGGUGAUAGUGAGGAGGAGAGCGAGGUGAAGAGUGAAACCCCCGAGCCCAAGCCUGAAUGAACUGCGCCUCUCGACUCGUUUAAAAAUUACACCAUAAAUAGACCCAAAAACACACAUGAGCACACAUUACUGUAACUCUCAAAACGGAGACGCAAACAUACAAAUGUUGUCCAGAUUAGCCACAGGGAUGCAGAUUAACAUCUGAUCUCGCUCUUUCUCUCUCGCAGUGACGAUCUAUGCAUUCUCAAUGCAGACACACACACCAGACGCCAUUAAACUGGGACAAUCACCAUACUGACAAACACACACUUUUGUUUUUUGGGGGGGGCAAAUUUCUCUGUUGCUUAAUUUUUCAUUCUCUUGGAAAAAUGAAAAUAUUUUUAUAAGGAAACAUUCCACGUGUAAUAGUCCCUUUAGGAUCUAUUUUUCUAACUGAAGAAAAAGAAGUAUAGAUAAAUGAAGACAGAUUACUGGAAGGGGACCAAAGUAAUAUCUCAAUCUAUAGAAUAGUUUGGGUUUUCUUUUUUCUUUUUUGUAUGCAGACAUUUUUAUAACGGUUAAGAAAGGAAGUGCUUCGUGUUUGUUAUGCUCUUGCCUUGGUCUAUAAAGGUGGUUUAUAUGCUGAAAUGUAUUCUAGCAAUUUAGCUGCAGUUAGCACUCGUGACUAUGCUUUUUGGGCUUGAUCAUUUUGUUACACACAUUUCAUGUGGAAACAUUAAAUUUGAAGGCUUUCAAGCAACAAAUUGGCAACUUGUGAAUCUAUUGAAGGUAUUUGAUUGCGACUGUGCUGAAAUUUCCUGAUUUUUAGCACUGCAUUUGGGUUGUGUUGGGGAGGGGGGGCAUUUUAGCCUAGAUAUUAUCAUAAACCACUGCAUUUGAGUGUUUCAUUGACACAAAGCUUGAAAGUUUUGAAUACACGGUGCACAUCCCAAUUUAGUAUGUGUGCGCACACAGCCAACACACACUAAAGGCCUUAAAUGCAGCAGAAAUCUCCUGGGCAGGGUCAUUUAUUUUUCUGUUUAUCCCCAUCAGUGUUUUGUUUAUUUGCUAAUGUUCAGGGUAAAGUUUAAAUGGGGUGGUGGGGUAGUCUCUUUACUCACAGCACACACUGUAUUCUCAGGGUACAGCUUGUUGACAGAAGUUGCUGAUUUUUAUCACAAACCAAAGGCACAUUCAUGUGAUACGGAUUGUAAUUUAUCACUUGUAUGCUAAAGUCUGACUGGCCUUUAAGAUGUCAUAUACGCCAGGUUCUGAGUAGAUGUAUCAGAUAAACGAGCAGUCUGUGUCUAAAUGAUGGAGAAACCCCAACAAGCUGUGCCCGAGGUAGCUUUUGGCUCACACUGCUGGAAAGUGAGAGGAAUGUGUCGUAACUUAAGACUUACGGCUCACAGUUUAAACAAUCACAUCUUUCGCACUUAAAGGAAAUCCAAAAGUGGGGGGGGGGGGGGGAGAAAAAAUAAACUGCAUCUCGAUUAUUGUAAUGUUUUUCUGUCUGCACCUCUGGAAUGAAAAUCAUGUUGUGAAAUGUUGGAAUUAUUACGAUUAAAGAUGCUUUCUAAACUGCCA